GCUAGGUGCCUAGGGUAGUAGGUGGGCCGGGUUGCGCCGGCUCUGGUCCCGACGGUGCCUCCUUCUCCCAUUGCGCCGCGGGGCCCACGAUGCCGCAGUACCAGACCUGGGAGGAGUUCAGUCGCGCGGCCGAGAAACUCUACCUCGCCGACCCUAUGAAGGCACGUGUGGUUCUCAAAUAUAGACAUGCUGAUGGGAGUUUGUGUAUGAAAGUAACAGACGAUUUAGUUUGUUUGGUGUAUAGAACAGACCAAGCUCAAGAUGUGAAGAAGAUUGAGAAAUUCCACAGUCAACUAAUGCGACUUAUGGUAGCCAAGGAAUCCCGCAGUGUUGCCAUGGAAACAGACUGAAGGGUUUGAAAUGAAGACUGUUUGCCAUGUUCUUAGAAGUAAAUGUCUUUUGACUUUGAGACCGAAAAUACUUUAUGUAACUAAGUGGGUUAUUCAGAAGACCUGAGAUCAUUUUUUUGUACUUUUGUUUGUUUGUUUUUGUUUUCUUCUCUUUUUCUUUUUGUACUUUUUUAAAA